CCACCAGGUGCUUGCUCUUAAAGCAAACUUCUGGCCAGGGCUUGCAAGACCAAAUUUUUUUCCCUGACGGGUGCCCCUUUUAAAGGUUGUACUCGUAUGUUAAUAUGGUUUAAGGCCUACUAAUGGCGUCACUCUGUCAGGCUUUGGAAACUGUGAGGCGAGAUUUAAGGCGAACUGACAGAGAAAUCAAGAGGCGCUUAAGACUCAUGGAAAUGCAUUGCUGCCAUAGCCUCUGCAACAGACAUCUCCACUUACAUUGCCUCUGUGACGUAAGCCUCCACCCGCACUGUUGUUGUUCUCUCCACCCAUAUCCACACUGCCUCUGUGACAUUCUGUGCUGCAGCCCAUGUCGACUACCAUGCCUCACAACGUUGGAGAGGAGAGCCAUUAGAGCUAAAAUAGAAGCUGAGCAAGAACUGGCCAGGAUUCGAAGAAGGGUUACUAAGAUGCUGGAAGCAUCCUCUCGUCCAAAGCUUUUGGCUCUGAUGGACAUUAAAGGUUUUGACCCAGAGGACAUAAAAGUGAAAGUGCAAGAUGGAAAAGUCAAAGUGUCAGCGGAACAUGAAGAGGAAUUUAAGACGUGCCAAGGAAAAGAAUACAACUACUCAACAGUCACCAAAGAGAUCUGUUUGCCACCAGGGGUGUCAGAUGAGGAGGUCACUUACAGUAUAGGACCCACCAGUCUUGUGAGAAUAGAAUCUCCAUCACACCCGUGUCCUCCCUGCCUGCUGAGUUUGCUUUAAAGACCAUGGAUGAUCAGCUCUGGUAGCCGAUCAGCAUAAGGAUGUAACUCCAGUGGAUUCCCAGUGGGAUUGCUGUUAGUUUUUUUUAAUAGCACCCAUUAGCCAUGUGUUAGCAACCAUGUAACCCUCUUCCAACAAUG